UGUUGCAGCUAGCCAGUUAGCCUAGCCGCGCUGCUGAGCUCUGACACGGUCUGAUGCAGAAAUGCUUUUCCAACGGGGCGCUGCGUCUAGUCAGCGAGGCUAGCUUCUCAGAUUGGGGAGGAAAAAAUAAAUAUAUUUGGCCGCUGGCUAGCGAGGACUGUGGAUAUCCGUUGCAAGCAUCUUUUGUCGAGACGCCUCCAUCCAUACAUUAUAUCCAAAAGGGGGAUAAGAAGAGGUGGCCAUCAGCAGUCAGGUCAACAUCAGCAUCAGCCCAGCUAGUUCUCCGCUUGGAUGCAGAACUGUCUCCUUAGGUCAAGAUGACUGAAGAGGUGAUUGUCAUCGCCAAGUUCGACUACAUGGCCCAGCAGGACCAGGAGCUGGACAUCAAGAAGAACGAGCGCCUCUGGCUGCUCGACGACUCCAAGUCGUGGUGGAGGGUCCGGAACGCCACCAACAAAACCGGCUUCGUCCCGUCCAACUACGUGGAGAGGAAAAACAGCGCUAGGAAAGCCUCUAUUGUCAAGAAUCUCAAAGACACACUCGGAAUUGGGAAGGUGAAGAGCAGGAAGGGGGGGAUGAGAGACACGGCGUCCAACGCCGACACAGAUCUGAGCACAGACAACGGCGAGCGGCUGUACGACCUCAACGUGCCGGCCCUGGUCAAGUUCAGCUACGCGGCGGAGCGCGAGGACGAGCUCUCUCUGGUGAAGGGCACGCGGGUGGUGGUGAUGGAGAAGUGCAGCGACGGCUGGUGGCGCGGCAGCUACAACGGACGCUCCGGCUGGUUCCCGUCGAACUACGUGACGGAAGACGUGGACGGGACGGCGGGGGGAGGGGGCAUGGGCGGGCUCGGAGACCCGGCGGCCGGCUCGCUGACGGAGAAGCUGGCGGCUGUGGUCAGCACCAGCACGAACGGGAACAGGGUGCUGCACACGGUCCAGGCGCUCUACCCGUUCAGCUCCGGCAACGACGAGGAGCUGAACUUUGAGCGGGGCGAGGUGAUGGACGUCAUAGAGAAGCCCGAGAACGACCCGGAGUGGUGGAAGUGCCGCAAAGCGGACGGACAGCUAGGCCUGGUGCCUAAGAACUACGUCACUGUGCUCGACUCCAGCUCCCAUAAAUCCACGGCGGGGCUGGCGGGGCCUCCGACGCCUGACUGUGACUACAUCUCGCCCUCAGGCAGCGGCCGCUUUGCAGGGAAGGAGUGGUACUACGGGAAGGUGACGCGCCACCAGGCUGAGGUGGCGCUAAACCAGAGAGGCACGGAGGGAGACUUCCUGAUCCGAGACAGCGAGUCGUCGCCGAACGACUUCUCCAUCUCCCUGAAGGCGCAGAGCAAGAACAAGCACUUCAAAGUGCAGCUGAAGGAGAACCUUUACUGCAUCGGACAGCGCAAAUUCAACUCUAUGGAAGAGCUUGUCGAACACUACAAAAAGGCUCCCAUCUUUACCAGUGAGCAGGGAGACAAACUGUACCUGAUCAAAGCCCUGGCUGCCUCCUGAUCCAGUCCUCACACACACACACACACACACACACACACACAGACGAAUGGCUUCCAUACAUAAAACAGAUCCAGAACACACACUAACAUUUCUGCUCCGAGCCUGAAGACGUAACACAUCAUCAGGACUUAAAUGGCCACUUUGUGAGCAUUCCAAGAGGAGAUAUGGAAAAAGCAUGGGAGAGAGAGAGAGAAAGAGAGGGAGGGCUGGAGAAAAGACUCACGCACCCCAAGAGUUGACUACAGACCUCUUGGUCGCAUUUUAAAUUAUCCACAUGUUAGGUCAUAGGCAACGGCAUGUAUUUCACCCUUGGUAUCUAUUAGGGUGUCAUUUAGGUUUCUUUAUGUUGAUAAUGUAUAAUCUUUUUUUUAACAAUUUUCUUUAAAGAUGUGAUUUUUAUUAUUAUUUUUUAAACUACACACACGACAUAUUGAGAUAUUUUUAGAUGACAACUUACUCAGAGCCAUGCCUAAAGGUCUUACACGUCGACUCACUUUGUUUGUCUUAAAGCUUUUUUGUUUCUGUUUUUUUUUUUUUUUUCGUGGUUGUGGACCCACUAAUCCACAACUUCAGCUAAUCAUUGAUUAAAAAGUCAAGUGACCAAACUAUAUUUAUUUAGAUUUGUUAGGAUCCAUGUUGAGGUUGAUGUAUUACAAUGCAUCUGUUUAUGUUUUGUUAUUUCCUCCAUUUCUUGUGCAAAGUAGCCCCCCCCCCCCUCCCCUGUACAAUAGAACUGCUUGUGCCACAUUUUGCUGUAUCCACAUCAUGUGAAUGUUACAAAGAGGGGGCAAAUUACACAGCCAACCUCAUGACGCAGACAAGAGGAACCGUGUCAAACUCAACUUCCUUCUAUUUCCCAUUAGGAAUCUGUUCGCGGCUGGAAGAGAUCGCCGUUUUCUAACCCAUGUUCUGAGGCCUGAUCUGUCAAUUCAGAUUUUAGAAUCAUUUAUUUUUUUUACCCCCCCCCCAAAAGGACUAUAAAACACGAGAAGAAAAUGUGUUGCAGGUUUUGAAACCAACAGCCGAUGAAGGAAUUACAAGAUUAUCCACAUUAUGGACCAAAGUCCACUUCCCCAGCUAAUCUGCUCUGAUUUUUCUUUUUUGGAAACUAAAAACGUUCAUCACAGUGCAUAUAAUGAAAAUGGUGGGAGCUCUUAAGUUAUAUGGCUUUAACAAAUCGGUAGGAUUUUUUUUUUUUUUUUUUUUUUAGUAUUUGAUCUGAUGAUCAAGCAGAAAAUGGCUGAUUUCAACGUCCGGCUGGUGGAUUGCUGCAGCUCUAAUUACAACCACAAAUUUCAGUGGCCGUUAUCUGCUUUAUUUUUUAUUUUUAUGACUUAUUCAAAAAAAGUGCGUUGAAGCACAUGCUGCUGGUUAGUGGGUUUAUAAAGCAAAGAGGGUGAAAUUUCGUACUUUUGAUGAAUGUCGGGGUCGUAGCCGUGCGUCUGAAGAUCACCUUUGGAGUCGUGGCGUAAUUCAAAACAUAUAAACCCAGUUCUCUGGAGCACAGAGGGGGGGGGGGAGUGUGGGACCAGCCCAGGCAGCCGAGAGGAUGAUGUCACUGCUCCUGAAUAAGUGAUUACUUGAAGGAGUAGAGGGUCACCGGGGGGGUCAAGUAUGAGCACUUCCAAAUUACAGCCAUCGUUACGAGAAAGCGACCCCGUUCCUUGAGGAGGCAGAAAUGAUCCAAGUUUAUAUUUGCUACAGCGACGGUAUGGAGCGAGCGGGGUUUUUCGCUGGAAGGGGAUUAGGUGGAGUUUGAAUGUUGAAGGGCAGCAAUCAAAGCUGCAGCAGGAGGAGUGCUGGCAGGGAUCCACUCCAGCAGGGGGAUGUUGAUGAUGAUGAUGAUGGCCAUCACAAAGCCUGCGGUGAUGAGUUCUCCAGCUGCAGCUGGUUGGACCCGGGCACAAAAAAAGAGAAGGGGAUGAGGGGUCUGAGAGACGAGGGAAGGAAAAACAGACUAAAGGAUUGGAGAGCAUGUUCCACUGCGACGUCGCGCUCAGUCAUUUACAAACCAGCUAACGCGGUAUCGUGUAUAAGGUCUCUGAUGAGAGCAUCUGAGGCGACUGACAGGAGUAGAGAUGCACCGGUCGGAAUCACCAAUCUCUUGUUUUUGGAAGGUUAUGAUCAGCCAGCAUCGAUUUUCCCCCCAGUUUUCUUUAAGAACCAUAUUAAGCAGCAUUUAAGUCAUUGUUUAAUGAAUAGAGGUGAUGUCACACUGUGUGAGUUAGCUGUUGCUGUUUCUAAAACAAAGACGAUCGAUUUAAGAGUACACAUUUCAAACUUCAGCAUUCAGCUAGCACUGAUAAAAUCUGUCUCUGUGUGUAUUUUCUGCAGAGAGUAGACCCUUAACUCAGGUUUUUAAAAGGCUGCCAGUAUUUCAGAAUCUAGCACGUUCCAAAACACGGAUUCUGCUCAGAAUAAUACAACAGAAACUUUGCUGCGCUCUAUCCAGCCUUCCUGUUGUCUGCCGAAUGUCUCGCAGCCUGAAUGAACCGCAGACAGGCCUCGCCAUGUUGGAUAAAGACAACAAAUGGCUUCUUAUUAGAUCUCUGAUCCUGAAAAUGGUUUCCCUCGAGUCGUCUCUCGGUAAUGACUUCCAAACCGGAGCGUAUUGUCGGUGAGAACUGAUGGUUCUUGGGUGUGGUGCGUUCACAGAGCUGGGAGAAGUUGGAUUGUUUGAGUCUCUGUCACUAGUCAGAUGCAAGCAACUUGGAAAAAAAAGCCUAAUUUAAUUUACCGGCCUGUUUUUGUUUUUUUGUACCUCUCUAGAUAGUUGAUAUUAAAGCUGCGACUGAUUUAUUUAUAAAUGGCUAAAUCUUUAAAUAGAUGAAUUUAAAGUGCUAAUUUCACAAUUUUUUGGACAGGUGAACUGAUAUAAAUCAUGAAUAACAAAGAUUACUGAGCUUCUGAUGGAGAUUCUUAGCGGUCAUAAUAAAAACUGCACAAUGAAUUAGCAUCCGUGGAGGAUCGAGACCCCUUUGUGACGUACCCGCCUCGAUCCCUGGGUUUUUGGAAAUGCCCAAAAAUCUACAACCAUUUGCUGGAUUCCCCUGUCGUAAGAAAAACUUUAUUUUAAGGCAAUGCUUUCGCCCCGACUCCCAGUUUCUGCAGCGUCUGUGAUGUCGCAAAGCAUUAAAGUGAAACCCGCCAACACAUUCUGCCCCACUUUUAAGGAUUUAGGAGAUUUUAACGUGCCUUCGCAGCUUUCCGGCAACCAAAGCUUUAGCGCCCCAUUUAUCCACCCCACCCCACCCCAGUACUUCCCACUUCUCUCAUCACUAUCUGCUUGCAGCUUUGCAUGUGCAUCAGCGGAGCGAGGAGCAGAUGUGCCGGGAUGGUCCAACACAUCCUCGUGUGAAAGAGUAUUUCCUUCUUUUGGCGCUCCCCAAAUGUCACGGGCUUACCGUGACUCCCUUUUUUUUUUUUUGGUCAUGCAUAAAAUGCCCUUUUUAUUUGACGUCUUUCAUUUCAAGUGACCUUACCAUAGCUGACUUCAUCGAGUAUUAGAUGAACAGUGAAUGCCUACAUGUAAAAAGACUUUAAAUAAAAAAAACAAGGUGGAGUGGUAAACAUGACUCCAGGCGUGAUGUAAUCAUGACCUGAACCUGUACGAGCACCUCAAGUAACUAUUACAGAUCGUCAAGGGUUUAAGAUAUCAUUUUUACAUCUUAAUGUAUGACUAGUGUAAGAUUUCACUUUUUUGUUGUUGUUGCAAACUAGCCACAUAAAUAUGAAAGAAAGCUCAAUAUUUAAAUAUUUAGCCUGAUAUUACAACAGAACUACAGUAUCCUCCCCCCUGCUUAGGUUUUGUUUCUGGGAUCUUUUUCACAUUCCAACAAAAAGGCUGCAUGAGCAGAGCCUCGUAGCUGCACCCGGACCCGCUUUAAAGAGACAUUAGAGUCAGUUGUGACGGAUAUUAUCAAGACCGCUCGUAAAAAACUAUUUGUCUCGGUGGGGAAGAAACUACCCCCGCUGAAUAAACCUGAGAAAUCAAUAAAACCUUCACACAGAUGUCUUGAUAAUAUUACAAACAAGUGGCCCAGGUUUGAUUUUUUUUUUUAUUUUUUUUUUAUUUUGGUGCUUUUGUGCUGCUUACAUUUCUGUGGUGAUGUUUGUCUCACGAAGCCUUUUUUUUUUCUUCUUGUGAGAGUGAAGAAGCAGAUUCAUGCUGUGGAAUGAUUUAAAAGAAAAAAGGCAGUGCUGUGAAAAAAAAUGUAAUGUUAUGCUCUUAAUACUGUUUUCAUGGAGGGGAGAUCGUCUUCAGGUGUAAUAAUUUAGAAGAUUUAGCGUGUUAAAGAUGUAAUAAAAAAGCAUAAAAUAUGAAGA